GGUUGCUCGUUUUAGAGCUCCUGCGGGAUCAGAGCGGAAUAACUGGAAAAGAGGAAGCGAAGAAGGAAGAGAGCAGGAUGAGCAGACCUCAGCUGCGGCCAGCUGUGCUCGGGCAAUUCCUGCUGAGGGGGCUGCUGCUGCCCCUGGUGCUUGUGCCCGGGGUCGAGGCUAGUACAUACAGGGCCCCGUUGCCCUGCCCGGCGACCUGCGAUCCCACCCGCUGCCCCUCCCUACCCACCUGCUCGGCGGGGGCGACGCCGGUGCUGGAUGGCUGCCGCUGCUGCCGCGUCUGCGAGGCGGCCGAGGGCGAGGCCUGCGGCGGGGCGCGAGGGCGGCCGUGCGCCCCGGGGCUGCAGUGCGGCGCGCCGCUCGGCCCCGGCCGCCUAGGUGGCGCCUGGCUGGGCACCUGCGGCUGCCCGGCGGCGGGGGCGGCCGUGUGCGGCAGCGACGGGCGCACCUAUCGCAGCCUGUGCGCGCUGCGCGCCGAGAACCGCGCAGCACGUCUCCGCGGCGCGCUCCCGGCGGUGCCCGUGCAGAAGGGAGGCUGCGGGGAUCCAGGGACCAGAGGCGCCGGCCGGCUCCGGAGCGAGUACAACUUCAUCGCAGAGGUGGUGGAGAAGGUGGCGCCAGCUGUGGUUCACCUGCAGCUGUUCCGCAGGUCACCUCUCAAUGGCAAGGACGUUCCUGCAUCCAGUGGCUCUGGAUUCAUAGUGUCUGAGGAUGGGCUCAUUGUCACCAAUGCUCACGUAAUUACUAACCAGCAGCGGAUCCAGGUGGAGCUCCAGACUGGGGGCCAGUAUGAAGCUACUGUUAAGGACACUGACCAUAAAUUGGACCUUGCACUGAUUAAGAUUGAGCCAAGUACUGACCUUCCUGUAUUGCUGCUGGGAAGGUCAUCUGACCUUCAGGCUGGAGAGUUCGUGGUGGCAUUGGGCAGCCCGUUUUCUCUGCAGAACACAGUGACGGCAGGAAUUGUCAGCAGUACCCAGAGAGGGGGCAAAGAGCUGGGACUGAAGGAUUCAGACAUGGACUACAUCCAGACUGAUGCCAUAAUUAACCACGGGAAUUCUGGGGGGCCUCUGGUGAAUUUGGACGGUGAUGUGAUUGGCAUAAACGCACUGAAGGUGACUGCAGGAAUCUCCUUUGCAAUUCCCUCAGAUCGAAUCCGACAGUUCUUGGCAGAAUUCCAUGAACGCCAGUUGAAAGGAAAGGCUCUUUCACUGAAGAAAUAUCUGGGUCUGCGAAUGCUGCCCCUCUCUGUGAGCCUUCUUCAAGACAUGAAAAGGCAGGAUCCAGAGUUCCCUGACGUGAGUUCUGGGGUUUUCGUGUAUGAAGUGAUUCAAGGGACAGCUGCUGAAAGCUCUGGGUUGAGAGACCAUGAUGUGAUUGUCAGCAUAAAUGGGCAACCUGUUACCACCACAACUGAUGUUACUGAAGCUGUUAAGGACAAUGAUUCCCUUUCCAUCAUGGUUCGUCGGGGAAGACAAACUUUGAUCCUGACAGUCACACCUGAAAUAAUCAAUUAAGCAUCAUGCUUUAAAGAGAGACUAACUUACAAAACCAAAGCUAUGCUACCUGGUUUUUAUUGAAGAUGUGCCAAAGAUGGCAAGGUGUUUCAGGAUAUCUUAUAAAGAAAAAUGAAUGCUUUAGAAAACACCCACAUGGUCAGGGAUCAUUAAGUUGGGGGUGCUAGGCUGCUGCUAAAAAGCCUCAUUAAGCAAAGUGGAAGAAGGACAUGGUGUCGAGGAAGUUUGGGAGCUGAUUAAAAUUUUAUUUAAAGAUAGGAAACAGCUGAAAAACAGGUAGGUUCUAAUUUAAUCUGGGCAGACGGACACUAGUAUUUAAAAAUUCCUCUAUAGCCAUAAACUGGAUAUAACACACACACACAAACAGGAUCUACUUAGCAAACGCUAAGAAAUAACCUGAAUAUACAGUGCAAAGGAAAUAAAAUUUUUAAGAAUGCACAUUUACUCAAAUCAGUUUUUCAGGUUUUAUCACCUUUGGCCAAAGUUUGUGGCUAUAGCGGAUGGGAUGGGCAUCUUUUAGAAUUUGAACUGAAAUGGACAAUUGUGGAUUGUCACAGAGGAUAUUACUAAUGAUUCUCAUUUAUCACUCCAGCAAUGGAAACAACUCACAACUUUUCUGACUGUGAAAAUAUCUUCUAUAAAACAGUGUCUUCCUUAACCAACAGAA